AGAUUGUCUUUCAGCCUUGUCAGUCACCGCUAUUCAAACUGUGCUGAAAAUGUACUCGUCAAAAUCGGUCGAUGAAGCAGCUCUCUUCAGGCAGAUGCAGCCAUACGUUUUGACCACACAACGUCAGGAAUUGAACGGUUUUCCUCGACCGGAUCCCUACAACAAGGAUAAAGCCAUUAUUAAUAGCAAAAACAUUAGCCAAUCGAGGUCAAAUUCCGGUGUUCGUUUAGCAUCCGAUAAGCGUAUCUGCGACCGAUGUAGCGCGAUUUAUCAAAUCGAUUACAGGGGAAUGCCCCUUGGUGGGGAUUGUUUCUAUCACUGGGGACGAUCCUACCAGCGUCGAGGUUACAAAACGCCCUACACCUGUUGUAAUCGGGACUCCAAUUCCGCCGGAUGCACCGUGAACAAAUGGCACAUUAGCGAAAACCUGGACAACUUGAGAGGAUUCGUCCGCACCGUGGAAAAGCCCCAGCCGGCCGACGGCAACUUCGGAAUUUACGCCCUGGAUUGCGAGAUGUGCUACACGACGGAAGGCGGCGAAGCGUUGCGCGUGACGGUCGUCUCCUCCGAUUUGAAGAUCGUUUACGACACUCUGAUCAAGCCAAUCAGUCCCGUUCUCGACUACAACACUCGAUUUAGUGGCAUCACCGAAUACGAUUUGACGUAUUGCAACACGACUAUGAAAGAUGUCCAGACUUUCUUAUUGGACACGCUUUCCGACAAGACUAUAUUGAUUGGACACAGUCUAGACGGAGAUUUGCGAGCUCUCCGGUUGAUACACGACACAGUCAUUGAUACAAGUGUGGUUUUCCCACAUUCUCAAGGGCCACCCUUUAAGAGAGCUUUGAAAACGCUGUGUCAGGAAUAUUUGCAUAAAACAAUUCAGAUAGACGGUGGAGGGCACAACUGUGUCGAAGACGCUAAAUCUUGCAUGGAGCUCAUGAUUUGGAAAAUCAACCAUUAAUUUAUCUUGUAUCCUUUCUCUUUCUUGUCAUAGCCAAUAGCCAAACCAUUGUUUUUUCUGGACCCCGA